AUCAAUGAGCUGUUAAAUAAUCAUCCAUAAUAAAGUUAUCGAAUCCUUUUGGAGAAGAAGAAGGAGGAGAUUGUGGGUUGUUGUGGUGAAGGUGGUGUCGGAGAAAGGGGAGGAAAAUAUCGAUCACGACGAUAGGGCAACUCACUGAGCUAGUCUAUGAGUGAGUGAGGCAGUGAGGUGUGAAGGUGGCGUGGAGUACACAGUGGCUCACGUUGAGUGUUGUGGCGGGUACGGGAAACAACUACUUUUCGACAGAAAGACAAGGCAACUGUAAACCUUGAAAACCAACAAAAUACAAUCUGACAAAUAUCGGAAGAGGCUUGGCGCUAAGAUUGACUUGAGGCAACAGUGUCUGCUAUCACCAGCACUAACAGUGAACACUCUAGAACUUUCCAAGACAUGGUUUUUGAACACUUUAGCUCCAUCCUGGCCCUGGGGAUGCUGAGGGUGAUGGGCUGGUUUCCUUAUCGCUUCGCCUCCCUCGUCACCACAGGAGAGCGCCGUGUGCCUCGGAGCUGGCCUUGGUUCACGUGGAGCCUCGUCAUCGGGGCGCUCAUUGUGUUGGUCUGCUUCGCGGAGAUUCACUCGGGAUGCACAUUUCAACUAUCAUAUGAGAUUCCUACGCUAAAGGUGUCUCGAUUGUUGUAUUUCAUCUACCGGGGCAUCAUUGGCUUGGUGAUGUGUAUGUACGCCCUGGUGUUCAGCCCAAGACUCGCCACGGCCGUCAGUCACGCUCAUCACAUAGGCCAAGACUUAAAAUUACCAGCACGCUCUAUAAGGGAAGUGUUGGUUCUCAUAUUACUCUUUACAUACAUGGCGCUGAUCCUGCUGCUGUGUACCACUGAGGUGGUGUACAGCGGAAUUUUCUUUCCAAAUAGUUUUGCAGAAAUUUUUACCCACGUGUUCAAAAACUUUUAUCUCUCUCUGAUAGUCAUUAUGUACGACAAGUGCAUCUACAUCCUCACCGCUGCGUACUCCAGAGUCACUGAACAAGUCACAGGGCAAGCGCACACCACGACGUUUGAAUCCAAAAAACCCGCUGCUUCCCCCACGUCAACACACCAAACGGCCUCGAAGGACAUGACCGAAGAGGACUUUGAUAAUGUAGGGCGGAAACUCCUCGGACUCAGGCUUUCCAUCACCAAGUGAACUGCUACUUUGGCCCGGCUGUAGUCAUGGCCGUGGCUUACUGCAUGUUCACAAGCAUCAUCUCUUUCUUCUACGUCUCUCUGUUUCCUUACAUCAGUUGGAAGUCUCUCACCUUUACCUGUGUGUAUAUAUUCCUCGGCACACAGCCAAUCAUCCUCCUCUGCAACACCUCCGUCCAACUCAAAACAAAGAAAGACGAUUUCCUGAAUGCACUGUCAACUACUAAGUACCAGGGAGGAGCCGUGCAGGACCUGAUUAAUCUGACGAAGGACUUCCCCAGCUUUAACAUGUGUGGGUUCUUCUCUCUAGACAGGAAGCUUCUUGUUAACAUCCUGAGCUUCGUCGCCACCUACGUCAUCAUCCUUCUUCAGUUCCACGCUGGAGAAUCGAAAUAGUAGGAGCUCACUCAGACUUCCGGGAAGAGAAAGGGAGAAUUCUAAGGAAGAGAGAGAGAGAGAGA